AUGAGUGGGGAGAAUGAUAUUACGUUUAUUAUAAGCUAUGAUGGGAAGUUUGAGAACUUGGAAGGAGGUCUUUGCUAUAUCGGUGGAAAAAAAUUGUUGAUAUGUAUGGGCAGCGAGUUUGGUACAAGUUUCCCUAUGAAACAUGCGACACAAUGGGUAGAUACCGUGGAAGUGUAUCUUGAGCAUGAGGACGUUAACAAUGAGGCUGAAGAGAGUGAAUCAGGUCCGCAGGGUGGUCAAUCAGAUCAGGGGAAUGGUGAAUCAGGUCCGCAGGAUGGUGCUGAGUCUGAAAUAGAAAUGAAUAAAGCACGAGAGAAUGUUGAACCAGACCCGCGGGAUGAGCGUGUAGCAGCUAUAGUUGGCGAGUUUGUCGAUGAGGAAGAGUACAAUGAAGCUCAUAGAGAUACACCUCCAGCCUCGGAUGAUGAAGAAGAUGACAUCGGAAAUGGAUAUGAAAGAUGGCGAAGAGGAAGUGGAGAAUUGAAAAUUAUGCAGGUUUUUGAAAGCAUAAGCGAGUUCAAGGAAGCUGUGUUAGAAUAUGCAUUAAUGGGAGGUUGGAAUGUCAAAUACACAAGAUGGGGAGAUGAAAUUUCCGAGGCAAAGUGUGCUGUAGUGGGUGAGGUUCCUUGUACUUGGAGAGUCUAUUGUUCUUAUGAGAAAGCGGUGAAUCUGUACAUGGUGAAGUCAUAUCAAGAAGAGCAUUCUUGUACCAAAGACGGGUAUUGCAAGUUAUUGACUGACUAUGUGAUUGCUAAGCUUCUCAUAAAUGAGAUUAGGCACAACAAUGCAUUGAUGCCAAGGUUCAUACAAGAUAUCAUUCAAGACAGAUACAACCUGACAGUGACACAUGAUAUUGCUAGAAAGGCCCGAAAGAGAGCAUUGGAGAUGAUAAGCAGCGAGUUUGAUGAACAGUUUGCGAGGAUAAAAGACUAUAAAGAGCAUAUCCUAGAGACGAACCCGGGAUCUUCGUGUGAUCUUGUAACAACAAUUAGAGAUGAUGGUGUUGAGAUCUUCGACAAGUUCUAUGUCUGUUUUAAGGCUUUGAAGACAAUAUGGCGAGCUUAUUGUCGACCCAUUAUUGGAAUUGAUGGGUGCUUUAUGAAAUCUACUUCAAAAGGACAACUCCUUGCAGCUGUGGGAAGAGAUGCAAACAACCAAAUAUAUCCUGUUGCGUGGGGCAUUGUUCAAGUUGAGGACGCCGACAAUUGGAAGUGGUUCAUUGAAAGGGUGAAGUAUGAUUUAAACCUCCAAAAUGGUCUAGGGUUCACACUUAUCUCUGACAAACAAAAGGGGCUUAUAAAGGCUGUUGAAGAAGAGCUUCCUUACAUAGAGCAUCGUAUGUGUGCUAGACACGUAUACGGAAACGUUAAGAAGCUACAUCCCAACAAGCCUAAGUUUAAAAAACUGUUUUGGGCAGUGGCAAAUAGCUUCAACGAAGGUGAUUAUAAAGCGGCACUUAAAGAGCUUAAAGCAUUCGACUCUCAGAUAUAUGAUGACUUGAUGGCGAGAGAUCCUAGAACCUGCACUCGGGCAUUCUUCAGCCCCAUUUCUACUUGCGAAGAUGGACUCAACAAUUUUUCAGAGUCAUACAAUAGCGGUCUGAAGAAAGCUCGUUCUCUGCCUUUAGUGGAAAUGCUUGAGACCAUGAGAAGACAAACAAUGGUUAGAAUUGAGGUGAGGAAGAAGAAAUUGUUGAAGUAUAGGAAGAAGUAUAGCGAAAAGGUUGCAAAGACCAUCAUUGAAGAGGGGGAACAACGGAAAUGGUGUAAGAAAAGGACACCUGGUCCGAAUGGUGUCUCAGAAGUAGAAGAGAAUAGCGUUUCCCACACUGUCAAUAUGGACAGGCGAACAUGUAGCUGCAGAAGAUGGGACCUCACCGGAAUUCCUUGUCGUCAUGCUUUGAAGGUGAUUUUAGAUAAAAAGCUUAAUGCCGAAGAUUUUGUGGCGGAUUGUUACUUGACGACUUUGUGGAAGCAGCAAUAUAGUGAUUCAAUCACUCCGGUGGAAGGAAUGAAGUUUUGGAAGGAAACUCCUGGUUCUCAGAUUGAGCCACCACCAAGACCUGCUGAGAAAGGACGGAAGAAGAAUCCAAAGAAGAGGAUGAAGUCGAUUCAUGAGUCGCCUACUAAAGGCAAGAAAGUGUCUAGACACUUGAAGGUGAUUCAUUGUUAUCGAUGUGGUAUGGCUGGGCAUAACUCUCUACAUUGUAAGCAUGCUGGAGUCCCUAACAAGCCAAGAAAGAUUUAUCCAAGGAAGAAGAAACAGUCCUCACAAGGAGAGUCAAUGUCAUUCGAUCAACGUGAUGCUCCGGGACCAAGUCAGCCAACGCAAACAUCCAACUUGAAUGACUAA